AAAACGAUGUGCGAACUGCGAAGAACGAAGAGACUCGAGGAAACAGUUUUGGGAUUGGUGAGAAAGAGAGAAAGAGAGAGAGAGAGAUCGCUCCAAUGGAAGAAUCUGUUCAUCAAUCUAUUCGCUUUGGCUCAGUUGCGGAUUUGAUCAUGCGGAAGAACCGACGCGGAGGGUAUCUCCUACUCGGAUCAACGACGCUUUUAUGGUUCCUUUUCCAGAAAUGUGGAUACAGCUUUUUCCCCUUUGUUGUUAAUACUCAGCUGCUCCUCGUCGUUAUACUCUUCCUCUGGGCCAAAUCUGCUAUUCUCUUCAACAGACCUAUGCCACAACUACCUAAUCUUGAAAUCUCUGAGGCAUUUGUGUUUAUGGUGGCUAAUGGUAUGCGAGUGUGGAUUAAUACCGUGCUCGCAGUUGCUCGUGAUAUUUACGUUGGAAGAAACGCAAAGCAACUCUUUCGGGUCAGUGUUGUGUUGUGGACAGUAUCAUUUGUUGGCAGUUUCUUAAACUUCCUCACAAUUCUCUAUCUCGGUGUUGUUCUCAGUCUGUUGGUCCCCAUUGUGUACGAGAGAUACCAGGAACACAUUGAUGAUAAGCUAUCUUUAACACAUCGAAUCAUUCAAACACAGUGCAGGAAGAUCGACGAAAGAUUACUACAGAAGAUUACUGCUAAGCCUUCAAAUAAGAUAAAGAAGAUGCAAUAGUUGCAGGCAGUGAAAUAAACAAGAUAUAAUAUGGCCGAGUUGGGGAGGUAAAACUGAGGAAGUGCAACAGAGCAAUGUAUAACAAACUAUGAUAUGAGUAUAUGAGAUGAGACUUUGGUUUUCACACUCGAAUCAACCCUUUAGUUGAUAGGGACAAUAUGGAUGAAGAAGUCCAUGUCUAUGUGUAACUUCAGGAACUAAACGUGAUUGGUUCUAAUUGGAAGAUGGGACAGUUUUUGGCAAAUAUUGGUUAUAAUGUGGAAUUGUGAGUUUAUUAGUUAUGUGUUACAGUUCUA